AUACAUGAUUGUCGGAUGUGACGUAUCCACUUAUAAUAGUUACCUACGCUCUACUCGAUCUAAAGCUGUAGAUUUUUAUUCUGGAUCAUUGGAUAGACAAUCUUUAUAUAAAUGUAAUUAUUUUAUAAACGGCUUUUACGUUUUUAAUUUUCAACAUUUGUGGUAGAUCACUGAAAAAAAUUCAAGUAUACAAAGUGUAAGUGAAAUCAUUAUUUCCGUUCAGGGAAAAUAACAUUCUAAACGUUGGUAGCCGUGUCGUAUCAGUCUUCGGCGUUGCAAGAUUUAUUGAUAUCAAAAUAGGACAAUUGUAUCAAAUAUCAGAAUUUCUUAUUUUCAUGUUCGUCGUUUUUUAGUAAUAACAUGUUUAUUUAUCAUUAUUUUAUUUUCAGAACUAUUAAUUUAUCAUUUUAUGACAACAAUUUGGAAAAAAAAUUAUAUUGGCAACAAUGUUGUACAUCUGUCAAAUGAUCGUAAAACUAGAAAAGGUAGCAAAUUAAAAUUAUAAAUAUUGAUCUGAUUGUUUAUUUAUUUAUCAACAAGAAUAAUUAUUAUAAAUUACGACUGAUAUGUAUUUAGUAAACAUCCGAAAAAUUAGAAACUAACUUAGACACGUUAUUGAAUCACAGAUUAGUCAAGAAAUGUUUACAUUUUAAAUCGAAUAAUAAUGAUUUAAUGAUAAAGAAUGUUUUUUAUAAAAAAUAAAAACGAUAAUUUACAUAAUGUCUGCGUAUUUAUUCCAGUAAUCGACAAAGAUAUAAACACGUUAUAAAAUCGCUUUUUCACUAGUUAUCUAACAAGUAUAUAAAAAACCAGAGGUGGCGUAUUAGAAUCAGCAAGUCAUUAUAUUUACAUGAAAUAUACAUUGUUUUGUGAUAAGGAGAGUUGAAUUAAGCAAAUUAAAUUGAAAAGAAUAAUCUUUUAUUUGUUGAAAUGUAAACGUAAUAAUAAAUCUUAAAUUUUACACAAUCUGGCAACGACGUAUAACCUUGAUCCAAUAACGCCAACAUUAACAAAAACAGCGAAACUAAUUAUAACCUAAGAGUCACAACAAAUGUAUGAUUAUUAAUAAAUUUGUAUUUUUCUUUAAUGAAAAUAUAGUAUUUCAAAACUUGAAAACAAAGUGUAAAAGGAGAUCUCAAAAUAGGUGAAUUCUAAUGUAAAACAAUAUUUUGCUUUUACCUUAUAAUAUCAUAAUUGCGACUUAUAUUUAAUAUGUAAAACUAGAUAAAAACUUUGUUUAUCAUCUCAAGUAAUUUUAAUUGAGUGUCAAUAUACAAAGUCGUCAAAUAGAAGUCUUGGAUUACUGAAAUCACCUAUGUCGAUCCAACGAAUUAUGAUACUUUUUUCAACGGAAACGCGGUCGUAGAUUUUUUCAAAGGACUAGGACGGAUGUUCUAUAUAGUGAAUCCUUCCGAAACUACGUAUAAUGAUCCGCAAGCAGUUCCGCAAUUUUUUAAAAACGCAUGGCCGUACUUCCUCUUGUUUAUGCUUAUAGAAAAUAUAAUUCUUUGGAUUGAAAACAAACCGAUAUAUAGAUUAAAUGACAGUUUAACAAGUUUUUCUCAUGGUCUUAUUCAACAUUCAGGAAAGUUAGUUUUUAGAAGUGCGGAAAGUUACGCUUAUUUCUAUUUAUAUCAAAAUUUUCGUAUAAUCAAUUUACCUUGGAAUAAUCCGGUGACUUGGUAUUUAGCUGCUAUAGGAGUUGAUUUUUGUUAUUAUUGGGUUCAUAGAGCAUGUCAUGAAGUACAUAUUUUAUGGGCACAGCAUCAAGUACACCACAGUUCUGAAGAAUUCAAUUUAGCCGUUGGUCUGAGACAAUCAAUUUUCCAGGGAUGGUGUGGCUUCUUGUUUUAUUUACCAUUAGCUUUCGUUAUCCCGCCAGCUCAUUUUGUAACACAUCAACAAUUCAACCUCUUGUAUCAAUUUUGGAUUCAUUCAAAGACUAUUACUACUCUUGGGCCAUUGGAGUACGUAUUCAAUACUCCUCAACAUCACAGAGUACAUCAUGGAAGUAAUAUUUACUGUUUGGAUAAAAACUACGGUGGUGUGUUGAUCAUUUGGGAUCGUUUGUUCGGGACUUUUGCUAGCGAGAAGAAGGACGAAGAAAUUAUUUAUGGUCUCGUCUUUAAUCAGCCAUCUUUUAAUCCGUUACAUUUACAAACUUUCUACACUGAAUAUGUUAUUCAGAGAUUCAACGCCAUGACUACUUUGAAGGAGAAGUUCGCCGCUUUAUUUUAUGGUCCGAGUUGGCAACCAGGCAAACCUCGAUUAGGUUUAGAAGAAGAUAAAGUGAAGGUGACUAAAAGAGAAAAAUACGACGUCCAGUUACCGUUAUGGUGCAACGUUUAUCUGUUUAUACACUUUUGUUUGGUAGUAUACGGAUACCAACAACUGGCAACUCUGCAUUUGAACCUCAAUCCGUUGACAGUUCUUUCGUUCGUGAUUUACAUAAUCGCGUCUCUGACGACGAUCGGUAUGCUGUUCGAUGACCGUCCUUACGCAUGCGUUUUCGAACUGCUACGUUGCAUGCUUUUGGUCACGGCUAUACAACGCGUCAACUUUUCAAAAAUCGACGACAAUUUAUUAACCAGCAUCGAAGUUUUUUUUUUGAUAUCGGCGAUUUUUUGGUUCCUUCAAAGCAUCAAAGUCCUUCAAGUUUUGAAAAUAAAAACGAAAUGAUUGUUUGUUUUUUUAUUUUUUAACGGAAUAUUGUUAUAGUUCGACUGAUAUUUAUUGUGUGAUAACAACGGCGGUUCAUUGAAAGAAAAGUAUUUACAAAAACGUACCAUUUUGUUUAACAAACUUUUUUGUUUUUUUAUCGAAUCGUUGUUAAAUUUUAGUGAUAGUAUGCCAAAAUGUACUUAAUAUUUAUUGUUAAUAUAUUUAUUCAAAUUUUU